ACCAGCUGAUCAGUGCCGCCUCUAUAAAGUAAACAAUCUUGAAAAAGUUUAAAUCGUUUCUAAAGUAUCCGAUUCUUGUGCCCCUCAAAUAUCUGCUGAAAAUUGUCCUUAAAAAAUUUAAAUGAAUUACACAUUUUUUUAAAGAGAGGGUACUCCAACUUACAUACACUACACGCUCAAUAUUACCAAUCAAUUAUUCCAACCCAGCAGCCAUUCAACGCAUCGUAAUAUUUUAAAAAUAGAUCAUGUUUAUUCAGUAUCUCCUCCUCGUAUCUGCUAUUGUUGUUUUGGGAAGCGACGUCAAUAACAUUUCUCGAGGAGAGAAACACCAGGAUCUUUACAACCCUGAACAUCAGCUUGUACAAAAACGAGAUGUAGGAGGCGAAUUGGAGCACAGCACCCAAGCCACAACCGAUUCCCAAACCGAAUGCCAAUCCAAAUCUCAGCCUGAACUCAAUGCCAAAGCCAAACUGCACAAGUGGACCUGGUACGACAUCCUCAUCGUAGUAUUCCUGAUCUUAGUGGUGAUAUACGUAAGAAUGAGCCUGUAUAAAAGGGAAGGGGACAACUGCUGCUUCGGCUGCAAGUGGGGGCGGACAACCACCGAAAGGCCCGAAACCAGGACUGGGAUCCUCAACCAACAAGAAACUGAAACAUGAAUAUUUGCAAACAACUAAUAAUUCAUUUUCGGCUAUUAUAUUUUUUUAUAACAAAAAUGUCAUUUUCAGUUCAUAACAACAGUACCAUCACCUCAUUAUUUAAGUGAAUAUAUGUCAUACAUAUUUUCAUAAUUUGAACAUUUUUAUAAAAUAGGGAAACAAUUAAUUUUAUAAUAAAUGUUCCAUUAACUUGAUCAUGAA